AGAGAAGAAGCAGGCAGUUUUGAGACAGGUGGAGCUGGAUCAAGCUGUGAAAGUGAUUUGCUUGAAGCUGGUUGACUAUGAUCCGUCAAACUCUCUGAAGGACCAGCAUGGAGAUUGGCACUCUGAACUGUUAAUGGGGACAUGGGACUCACGUUGUCAUUGAUCAUUUCUGUGGACUUAACCAGUGAAGAGCAACAGAAGACUCUAGAAAGACAGUGGGAAUUAUAGCAGUUUUUCAGGUCACCAAAUCUUGUUAUUUUAAUUUCUGUCUGGAAGAAUGUCUGAGCAAGGUAAAUUGAACCAGGAGACAGCAGAGGAAGCUGUGAAAGAGCAGGAGACUGCCAUCUCCGAAGCCAACCUGGACAACUGUAUCCUUAAUAAAUCUGAAAGCUCAGAAGUAGAGGAGAAGGAGGAGAAGCUGAGCGAUGCCAAGACAGAGCUGCAGGUGUUACUGCCAACAAAAAGUUGUUAUGCAAAGCCUAAGAAGAAACGAGGUGCAAAUCAGAACCAGCAGAAAAAGAGAUCCAAGUCAGGAGCUAAAGGAAAACUCGUCCGGAGUCUUGCUGUGUGUGAAGAGUCAUCCCCUCGCCCGGGAGCAGAAAAUAUUCAUGAUAAUCAGGAAUCAAUCCAACUACAGCUUUCAAGUUUUCCUAGCUUGCAAGAAGAUGAUAAAUGUAGUAAAGAUGACUCCGAGAAAGAAAAAGAGAAGGAUAAAAAUAAAGAAAAAGAUAAAAACAGUGAAAAAAACAAGAUCAGAAUGUUAUCAAAAGAUUGCAGUCAAGAGUAUACAGACUCAACAGGCAUAGACUUGCAUGAGUUUCUCAUUAACACAUUAAAGAAUAACCCCAGGGACAGAAUGAUACUCCUGAAAAUGGAACAGGAAAUUAUUGAUUUUAUUAGUGACAACAAUAAUCACUACAAAAAGUUCCCUCAGAUGUCGUCGUAUCAGAGGAUGUUAGUGCACAGAGUGGCAGCUUACUUUGGAAUGGAUCACAAUGUGGAUCAGACUGGAAAAUCUGUAAUUAUCAACAAGACCAGCAAUACAAGAAUACCAGAGCAAAGGUUUUCUGAACAUUUAAAAGAUGAAAAAGGUGAAGAAUCCCAGAAGCGAUUUAUCUUGAAGCGAGAUAACUCUAGUAUUGAUAAAGAAGACAAUCAGGUUGGUUCUCGGUUCGAGAAUGACAGACGAAGUAAAUCAAUUGAAGAGAGAGAAGAGGAGUAUCAGAGAGUGAGGGAGAGAAUAUUUGCACAAGAUUCAGUUUGCUCCCAGGAAAACCUUUUUGUGGAAAACAGGCUGCUGGAAGACAGUAGUAUAUGCAAUGAUACCCAUAAGAAAAGACAGCUUUUUAGGGGUAACAGAGACAGCACGGGGAAGGCAUCUGGCAGUCGGCAGAGCAGUACGGAGAACGAAUUGAAGUGGACAGACCACCAGAGGCCAUGGAGCAGCACAGACUCAGACAGCUCAAAUCGAAAUUUGAAGCCAGCCAUAACAAAGACAGCGAGUUUUGGUGGGAUAACCGUCCUGACAAGAGGAGAUAGCUCGUCAAGUAACAGAAGUACCGGCAAACUGUCUAAAACAGGCUCAGAGUCUUCCAGCAGCGCUGGCUCCUCAGGAUCCCUGUCACGAAUACAUCAGCCUCUCCAAAGUGCAUCUCUUGUCCCUGGGGUGACGGCCAGCUCUUCAGGCAACGUGUCCUACCCUGAGAACGGGAUGAGUGGCCAGGUGGCCCCCAGCAACACCAGCUAUAUCAUUCUUCCACUUGAAGCUGCAGGGAUACCGCCGGGCAGUAUCCUUCUCAACCCGCACACAGGUCAACCAUUUGUAAAUCCUGAUGGGACACCGGCAAUAUACAAUCCUCCCAGUGGCCAGCAGACGAUGAGGAGCCAGAUGGUGGGACAGUCUCAGCAGCAGCCUUCAUCCCAGCAGCCUCAGCAGGUUCAACAGCCACAGCAGCAAAUGGCAAGUCACCUUGUCACACAGCCUGUUCAGGCAAUGCAGCCAUCUUCUCAGUCAGUCCAAUAUCCAGCAGUUUCUUAUCCUCCCCAGCAUCUCCUGCCAGUCUCUCCAACGCAGCAGUUUUCUGUGCGAGAUGACAUGACAACACAGUUUAACCAGAUGAGCUUAAGCCGUCAAUCAUCAGGAGACAACCCUGAAUCGCCUUCUGGUCCUGUCUACCCAUCACCUAUCUUGCAGCAGCCUGCCCAGCAGACGGGUUACAUUAUGGCUUCCCCAAGUCAGCAGCUUCCCCCGGGAGGCUUCACAGGUUCAGGUCCACCAGUGUCCCAGCAAGUGCUGCAGCCGCCGCCCCAGGGCUUUGUGCAACAACCACCGCCACCUGCUCAGAUGCCAGUGUAUUAUUACCCAUCUGGUCAGUACCCUACCUCAACAACUCAGCAGUACAGACCCAUUGCCUCAGUUCAGUACAAUGCACAGCGGAGUCAACAGAUCCCACAGACUGCACAGCAAGCAGUGCUGUGUCCUCAGUACCCGUGCUCCACGUGCCGGGGCACAGAGCGCUGGGAGGCAACUGGUGUGAGCAGUCACACUGCAUGUUCGAGCCAGCCAUUGCAGUUUGUCCGUCAUGCAAACUCCCCAAAUGUUUGUAAGACUCUACAUGUUGGACAGGUUUGUAGUGAUGCAGAAGGAGCUGGUCAUGCUUCACCCCCUUCUGCUCUCCCUGAACCCAAGGAGCAGCGAGGUGGUCCCUGUGCUUCGUGCUUGUCGGGACCAGCUCCUCACAGCAACGUGCGGCUGGAAGGGGGGCCGUUACACUGUAAGAGAGUGAGUAGCAGGUCUCACAGUGAACCGGUCUCUUUCCGUGUCAUGCCGCUCCUGAUGACACCAGAGUAA